UAUAAACCAUUGUUAAUGUUAAAAAAGCACAAAGCCUUAUGUGGGCGGGGCUUAGAGACUUGGGCCACGCCUGUUCAGGAAGUGUCGGGGUUGCUAAGCAGCGCGCGAUGAGUUACUCAAACAAUCAGAAUCAGUUGAUCAGAGAACAGAAGUCAGACUCGGUCAGUAACACACACUCGGUCAGUAACACACACUCGGUCAGUAACACACACUCGGUCAGUAACAUAGAGUCGGUCAGUAACAUAGAGUCGGUCAUUAACACACACUCGGUCAUUAACACACACUCGGUCAGUAACACACACUCGGUCAGUAACACACACUCGGUCAGUAACACACUCGGUCAUUAACACACUGUAACACACACUCGGUCAGUAACACACUCGGUCAUUAACACACACUCGGUCAGUAAUAAUCUCAGAAAUAAUCCGAUAUUUUAUCGAAAUGGCGACGUUCAGAUCAAAGAACAUGGUUCAUGACCAAAUCUCAGAGUUACAGAGAAAGAUCCAGCUCCUGGAGGGAGAGAGAAGCGCGCAGUAUGAGAGUUCACAGUGUUUAAUAAAGAAAAACAAAGAGAAGAUCCUGCAGUUCAGACAUGAGAAUAAACUCCUACACCGGAAACUGGCUGAGGCGCUCGCUGGAGAUGAGCAGGUCAUCAGAGACGCUUUUCAUGCCCGCAACUCAGAGAAGGCCGCCUACAGGAACAUGUCUGCGAAGGCAGCAGUGCAGGUUCUGGAUCAGAAAGUGUGUGAUAAAGUGAAGAAGCUGAACGCACUGAAACACGUGACGAACACACAGCGCCACCGUCUGGAAGAACUGAACACUGAGUACAACACUGUGAGAGCAACCAGACCUGGCCUUCUGACUGAUGGGGUCGCCAAGAAUGAAGUGGACUUCACUGAUGUGCAGCCCCAAAAGAACUUGCGUGUGUUGGAGAACCGGUUAGAAAAAGCACAGCUGAAAUGUCAGGAGACUGAACACAUCAUGAGGAGCUACCAAAAACUAAAGGAGCACCUGCAGGAGGAGAGUCUGAUGUUCCAGUCAAAGUUAGAUGAGUUGGAGUGUGAGAUUAUUCAACAGAAACAGGAGCUCAAAGAUCUACAGUUAAUGAACAACAACGCACAUCAGGCCAAAGACACAGCCAAGGCGGAGCUACAGAAUCAGGAGUUGAUGGUGUACAGUGAGAGGAGGGAGAGAGAGCUCAUCCUGAAUCGCUACAAAAAACACACAGAGGAACAAAAAACACAAACUGACCGCGGUGAACGCAGAGCACAGAGGGUGGCGCUCCACACAGAUGAUCUGAGCAGUGAAAUGCAGCACAGUGGAACAGCAGAGGAAGUGAACUACAGAACUAUCUCCAGCUUUGAGGAGGCUUUCAUACGUAUCACAGAGGCUACAGGAGUCACUGACAUGCAGGAGGUGGUGGACAGGUUCAUAUCUCAAUGUGACACUUACACACACCUGGAGAAGAUGAAGGUGCAGAAUGAGCAUGAACUUCAGUGGCUGAAGGAGGAGAGAGACAAAGUUCACACUCAGUACCAGGACAUGAAGUAUUCAGGAGAGACCAACCUGACCAAUAGGAGGAGGAUGUUGGAGGAGUGUGUGUCUCAGUUACAGAGGGAACAGCAGAGACAAGAUGCAGCUAAAGAGACUGUGGAGAGACUCACACACACACUGAGCACCGUGAGCAAUGCUGUGGAACAUCUGUGUGACAGAAUGCAGCACAUCACACUGCAGGAUGACCCUAAGCAGCGAGAGUGUGUGUUUCCUCUGCCUGUGUUAAACCUGCUGCAGGAGGCAGAACUGAAACUGAUGCAGCUGCAGGAUGAACUACAGGGACAUGAUGUACACACACUGAUUAAGGAGAUGGAAGACCUGGAGUUCUAUGCUAGCAUUGAGGGGAAAUUGCCUGACUACAAUACCCGCAUCACACUACCAGAUUAUCAGAGAGCCGACCUGCAUGAAGAAGAUGCUGACAGCGAGGAUGAUGAUUGUGAUGUCAUCACUCGGAUGUCCCUUAAACGGCAGUCGCAGCUCAUCAUCGACUCAAGGACAAAGAGGAAGACUCGUCUGAGGAAGAGGAAGAGCAAACUUCCAUAACCGUGAUGACGUCAGCGUGAUGAUGUCAGCGUGAUGAUGUCAGCGUGAUGAUGUCAGCGUGAUGAUGUCAGCGUGAUGAUGUCAACGUGAUGACGUCAGCGUGAUGAUGUCAGCGUGAUGAUGUCAACGUGAUGAUGUCAGCGUGAUGUUAACACUGUAUAUCACGGAGCAGAUAAAUAGACCCAAUGCACAUAUAAUAAAUAUAAAUAAACACACUGAGUGAACGUGGUUUAAUAAACACAGGGUUAUCCAGAAUCUCAUAGAAAUUUACUCCAACA